UUUUGCAGUUUCAACAUAAUUUCCCUUCAUUCUGAGCUUAUUUUCUAGGAUAUGGGGGAACAAAAUAAAAUAUUAUCCCGUCCCAUUUUCCGCCGAGAUGUAAGCUGGGAUCCUUUCCCAAACUGGACGCAGCCGAGCCGAAUCUUUGCGCAGGAUUUUGGACUCCCUCCAUUCCUGGAACCCAGUGAUCUGGACUGGAUAGAGUGGUCAAAGAGGAGACUAGCAUCUUUCUCCUGGCCAGGGUACACACAAACUCCCCUUCUGCCUCCAUUCAUUGGUCAGCACCCUGCAGCGUUGAACCAAAAGGGUCUGAGACAACUGACAAGUGGAGUGUCAGAGAUCCGAACAGGGCAGGACAGCUGGAAGAUUAACCUGGACGUCAAUCACUUUUCGCCUGAGGAAAUUACAAUCACAACCAAGGAGGGUUAUUUGCAAAUAUCAGGAAAUCAUGAAGAAAAGCAGGAUGAGCAUGGCUCGGUGUCAAGGUGCUUCACCCGGAAAUACAAACUUCCACAGGGGGUGGACUCGCAGCACAUCAGUUCUUCUCUGUCUGGUGAUGGAGUUCUUUCCGUAGAGGCCCCUGCCCCCGGGACAUCCAUCAGCAUCCCAGCGAAUGAGAUUGUCAUACCUGUACAGAUCAGACAGACGCAGGAUGGUGAAAAGUGAGACCAGUAAGCAAGACUUUAAAACUACAAUCAGAUGCAGCAAGUUGUCUGUAGCAACCUUUAUGGUAUGGGCAUGAACAAGUUUGUUAUUUACUGUAACAACUAGCUUGUGUUCCUGCUAUGAGAUACUAAUACUGUAAUGCAUUGUCACCAGUCAUACACCACAAUACCAUGUCACAAUUACUUAAAAUGCAGACUCAUCAAUAUAACACAUAACCAAGUAUAUAACUGAACACAUAACUGAAAAUAAGGAAUUAAUUUAGCUUGUCAGC